AAAACAUUCUUCACGUGUUUCAGAUACUCAGCAGGCAAAACCUUACACAAGAAUUCGAACCCCAGCGGUUCCGACGACCGGCCAUUGACGAGGAUAGAAGGUUAUGGAGAAUAAUGAUUGUACAAGGUUAAGCAGCGAGUCAUUAAGUGGUGAUGAAGUGGAUAUGCAAGGUAAGGAUCUUUUUCAUUCACUUGUUUUUCAAUCACAAUUGAAUGAAUUUUCUUUGAAAUCUCACGAUCCAGAUAAAGAUAAAGAGAUAACUGAAGAUUUAAAACUUGGAGCACAGUUCAGUUCUCAUGAUAGUGCAUACAUAGCUUAUGUCAAGUAUGGUGGAACACAUGGUUUCAAUGUGAGGAAGCAACAUAGAAAGACAAAUAAGGUGGGUUUUGUAACAAGGGUAACUUACUGUUGUUCAAAAGAAGGUCAUUGAAGAAAUGAUAAACGGCGUGGAAGUCCAUCUUAUUCUUUACCAAUUUCAAGGGUUGGUUGUGAAGCACAUAUGAUUUGCCAACUUCAGAAAAAUGGGAAAAUUAAGAUUGUGUCGUUUAAUGCAAGUCAUAAUCAUGAUUUGAUUAAAGCACCCAUGAAACAUAUGCUAAGGGUUAAUCGUUGUAUAUCUAGAGCUCAAAAGGCAUAUGUUGUUGGUGCAGACAAGUCAAGAAAACCAAUCAAAGAAACUGUGGAAUUAAUGAGUGGAGAAGUUGGGGGGCAAGAGAAUCUUGGUUUUGUCGAUAAGAAUUAUCGAAAUUAACUACGUACAAAGCGAAAAAUAAAAAUGGAAAAGGGAGAUGCUGGGCCCAUACUGCAAUACUUUCAACAUAUGCAUGAAGAUGAUUCAUCAUAUUUCUGUUCAAUGCAGCUUGAUGAGGAUGAUAUGAUCACACAUAUAUUUUGGGCAGAUGCACGAUCAGUUCGUGAUUAUGAUGUCUUUGGGGAUGUUAUUUGUUUUGACACGACUUAUCAAAUAAAUGAGUAUGGUAGACCAUUUGCACAAUUUGUUGGGGUUAAUCAUCAUAUACAAAUUAUAGUUUUUGCUGCAGCUUUACCAUAUGAUGAUACCAUAGACUCUUUUAAGUGGUUGUUUGAGACUUUUCUUGCAGUGAUGUCUAUGAAGCAACCAAAGACCAUACUUACAGACCAAUCUGCUGCAAUGGCUGAAGCAAUAUUAGAAGUUUUUCCUGAAGCUCACCAUCGGCUAUGUGCUUGGCAUAUUUACCAGAUUGCUGCUAAGAAUCUAAGCCACGUGUUUCAUGGAUCAAAGCAAUUCGCUUGUGAUCUUAGCAAGUGUGUAUAUGAAUAUGAGGAGUGUGUAUAUGAAUAUGAGGAUGAGGAUGAUUGGCUAUUUGCAUGGAAUGAUAUGCUUGAAAAGUAUGACCUCAAGGAGAAUAAGUGGUUGAAAGAAUUAUUCGAAGUGAGGGAUAAGUGGGCAUUGGUGUAUAAACGACACACUUUCACUGCAGACUUGAUUAGUACACAACACAAUGAAUGUAUGACCACUGUGUUGAGAAGAUACUUGAUGCCAAGUCAUAAUCUUUUGAGUUUCUUUGAACACUAUGAGAAAGUUAUGGCAGAUCGAAGAUAUAAGGAAUUACAAGCUGAUUUCAAGAUGAUGCAAACUAUUGCUUUGUUAUCAACUAAUGUGGAGAUGUUGCGACACGCGGGGGAGGUUUAUACCCCUGAAGUUUUUAGACUUUUUGAAAAAAUUUACAUGGGUAUUCUUGAUUGUAGUGUCUAUAAAGUUGGUAAGUCUGGGAUGACAUGUGAGUACAGAGUAUCUUAUAGUGGUAAAUCUCAAGUGUGUUUGGUUAAAUAUGAUGGUUCAACACAAGCAGUUACUUGUAGUUGCAUGAAGUUCACUUUUGUUGGGAUUUUAUGUUCUCAUGCAUUGAAAGUGCUAGAUAAGAAGAAUGUGAAAAGGAUCCCACCUGUUUACAUAUUACAGCGAUGGGCGAGAGAUGCAAAGGCUAGGAGCAUCACUAAUUAUGAGGGACUUGAGACUAACAACAAUGCUAAGGAUUCUAUUGGGAAGCGUUAUAGCCAUUUGUACUGCAAUUUUCGCGAGAUAGCAUCCUUUGCAGCAGAAGAUGAGAAGUUAACUGCAUGUGCACAUGUUCCUGUAACUAAGAAGUGAAUGCAAAAAGCAAACAAGUAAAGAGUGAAUAUACAAUUAAUGCCUUGUAAUAAAUCUUGUUUCCAGGACCUUGAUACGGAAGCAUUGCAAAUUGUCAACACGUGUUAUGAACGUGCAAAAGAGGUAAUGUAAAAGACUUUCUCAGUGAUGUUUUCUGUUAUUCUUACCUUAGCAAAGUUACAUAUCUUUGUUUUGGAUAACAGAUUCUGCAGAAAAACCGAAAGCUCAUGGAUGCGGUGGUGGAUGAACUUGUCCAGAAGAAGAGUUUAACCAAACAAGAAUUCUUUAGCCUAGUUGAGUUACAUGGUUCAAUCAAACCUCUGCCACCUAGCAUACUUGACAUCAGGGCUGCCCAACGGAAGCAGUUCCAAGAUAUGAUGAUGAACCAAAAGGAACCAGUUUUGGGGAGCAGCUUAUGAAUAAGAUGUAGAGAUAUGGUAGAUUCUUAAUUAUCUUUGAUGUGGAGGAAGCAAACAUACGAGUAGGGCAUGUCAUUUCAAGCGGUGAUUGAUUUCGCGAGCAUCUUGUCCAAUGAUUGAUAUUUAUCAUGUUCGGCAGCCCGGGUCAGGUUGUGGAACCCUAUCUGUUGAUCAUAAAAGAAAUAUGGGGAAGUCAUGCGAAGAAACGUUAAUCUGAGGGAGAAGCCCCCUUCAGUAUUCUUUUGAACGAUUUGUAAUUUACAAAUGUUCUAUUUCAUUUGUAUCCUACCCGUCUUAAUAAUCUAUUUGAUUUACUUGGCUACUUGGACAGAAUGGUUCUAGUAGCUCAAUUUGAUCAAAA